UUAAUGAGCUGCCUGCCAAGCUCUUCGCUCAUCCUGAACGGUGCACGAGUGGCUCUGCAUAUUGCGUGAGGGGGCGGGGACCAGGUAAACACAUUGCAACUUUAUACGGGGUUUUCCUGCUUUGCAAGUCUUUCACUCUGGAGCAGUUUUGUCGGAGCGUCCCCCCGGCCAACCUGAAAGGGGCGCGGGUGAAGCGGAGAGGAAGGGCAAUACAUUGCGGAAAACCUCUUCCCUGCUGCUCUUGUAUUGGAGCUAAGCGUCAGCGGCUCCCUGCCCCCGAGAGGCGUGGUUGGAGCGAGGGGUGAGUAAGCAGCGAAGCAGUAGCCAGCCCUGAUUGCUUUGGAAAAUUGCAGCCUGGGGUGGUGGAAGCAUUUGCUGGGGAGCUUGGCCCUGCACGUGAUUUCCAGGAACCGCCACCCUGCUGCUGCUGAGUUUCACUUUUCCCUGCCAGGUCCGCCUCUUCCGCUGCCAGCGGAGCGGGUGUGGUGUGUUACCGAGCAUGCUCGGUGCACCCGAAGUAACAUAGCUCUGCAGGGAGCAGUUUCCUACACUACCCCGGCCAUGGCGGAGCUAGUGCGGGCGCCGUCCGUGCCCUCCCUGGCCGGGCUGGAAGAGGAGCUCACCUGCUCCAUCUGCCUGUGCCUCUUCGACAGCCCGGUCACCACGCCCUGCGGCCACAACUUCUGCGGGCCCUGCCUGGACAUCACCUGGAGCGGCCUCCUGCAGGGCUUCAGCUGCCCGCAGUGCCGGGCCAGCUUCCAGCGCCGGCCCGAGCUGCAGAAGAACACGGUGCUGUGCCGGGUGGUGGAGCAGUUCCAGAGCACCCAGCCCGCGGGCCCGGCCGAGGAGAAGAGAGGCCGGGACGGGAGCCGCUCCGAGGUGGCCUGCGACAGCUGCCUGGAGGCCGCGGCGGCCAAGACCUGCCUCACCUGCAUGGCCUCCUUCUGCUCGGAGCACCUGCGGCCCCACCAGGAGAGCCCGGCGUUCCGCGACCACCAGCUGUGCCCGCCGCUGCGGGACCUGCAGCAGAGGAAGUGCCAGGAGCACAACAAGCUGCUGGAGUUCUACUGCCGGGACCACGCCAGCUGCAUCUGCUGCGUCUGCCUGGUCAGCCACAAGACCUGCGCCACCGGCCCGGUGCAGGAGGCCAAGGCGGAGAAGGAGUCACAGCUGAAGAACAGACUGACGGAGCUGUAUAAUCAGAGCGAAAAAGCUUCUCUGGCACUGGAUGAAGUGAGGGUGCUGCAAAGAGAAGCCAAUGAGACAGCUAACCGAAAGAUGGAUUUGCUCAGGAGUGAGUUCUUGGAAAUUAAAGCUUUAAUAGACCAAGAAGAAUACCAGGCAAUGAAGAAGGUUGCAGAAGAGGAAAAGCGAGUCUCUGAUAAGUUUGAUUAUGUCCAUAACGUCCUGGGAAAGAAGAAAAAUGAAAUUCAGGUCAUCAGGGACCAGAUUGAAAUGGCACUGACUGAAGAUGAUGAUAUUGCAUUUUUAAAGAACGCAGCGAAAUUGCGACACACUUCAACCAAAGAUGUUUUCAUCCCCAGAAUUGAUCUGGACCAAAACUUGAUACACACCAUUUAUCAAGGUGCCUUUUCCCUUAAAGAAAUAGUGAAACAAACAGUGACUCAACCACAGGAGAAGAAAAUGGAAGCAGGUGGACAGUCCAGACCAAGUGUGGAGGAGAAGGCAACUCCACAGUGGAAACCUAAGGCUUUUCAAAUAAACUCUUCAAAUAAACUCUCAGCAUUUGGAAGAAAAACUGUUGGAUCACACGCUCCAAAAAUAGGUAAAGCCCCUCAGAAGCCUCAGCCGGAGUUGAGUGAGGAUGCAGACACCAGGGAUAAAAGAAAACCUGCCAAAUCUGCACCAAAUACUGUGAAUCCAUGUGCAACAUCUCUGGAAAGCUUUUUAACGAAAUCGAGAGAGGAGCUCCUGGAGUAUGCUGCUAAAAUCACGCUGGAUUUCAACACCGCUCAUAACAAAGUGCUGUUAUCAGACAGAAACACCAAGAUGUCGGUCUCUGAAAUACCCCAGAAGUAUAGCCCCCACCCUCAGCGCUUCACCUACUGUUCCCAAGUGCUGGGCUUCCAGUGCUUCAAGAGGGGCAUCCACUACUGGGAAGUGGAACUGCAACGGAACAACUUCUGUGGCAUUGGCAUCUGCUACGGGAGCAUGGACAGGCAAGGGGCAGACAGCCGCCUGGGGAGGAACAGCAGUUCCUGGUGCAUUGAGUGGUUUAACUCGAAGAUUUCAGCCUGGCAUAAUGAUCUUGAAAAAUGUCUGCCCAACACCAAGGCCACCAAGAUUGGUGUGCUGCUCAAUUAUGAGGGAGGAUUCGUUAUUUUCCUGGGUGUUGGCGAGAAACAUAACUUGAUCUACAAAUUUAAAGCGCAGUUCACUGAAGCGCUGUAUCCUGCUUUCUGGGUGUUUUCCAGUGGCACUAUGCUUUCACUCUGCCAGUUGAAAUAAUAGGCUGUCACACCUGAAUCUCUUUGCUCAGGGUAUUUACAUCUGCUCGAUCCCUCUCUUUCUCUUUCCGGGAUUCACUAUUGUAGUUCUAGCUUGCUCAUUUAAUUCGAAGCACAUACGUUCUUGCUUUAGCUUGCUGGAUGGCUUUUUCUGGUGGCUGUCUGCUUAUCCAAAACCACUAGACUGCAGUCCUGCAAGUACUGGAAAGUUAGUGGUUAGAAAAGCAAGAUCUACAGACUGGAUUUAAUGCACUAGUUUGACACACAUGAAGAAAGGUGGCGUUUACUGCACACUAAUGUAAAGGAGAGCGAGAACUUUUCUCCGUCUCUAAAAAGAUUUUACCUGUGAAUAGUUCCAGUUUUAUAACUUAAAAAAAUAAGGUCACAGAGGGUAGAAGAGAAAUUCUAUUUUUAAACCUACUAAAUUUAUAAUAAUUAACUUAAGGCACCUGUUUUUUAUAGCAAUAUUAAAGAAGAGAAAUCCCAAAUAUGCCAGAAGGCAACAGCUCCACUGUUCCUCUUUCUACAGAGGGAGACAAAGAUUUUUGGUACACAAUGCAUCAAAUGAAUCUUGGGUCAAGUAGCACCAAUAUUUUUCUGUUUGGGCAGGAAUUUAACUGGCUGUCACAUGCAGUUUGGACGCUGGUGUGUCCCAUUCUUCCCAUCUGAAUUCCUAAAUCCAUAGGUGGAGCACUGAUGACCAUGAAAACUCUCUGAGGUUUUCCCUGUAAUCACUAGAUAGCAAAGAUAGUUCAAGCAAAAGUCUUUAAAAGAACCUGGUUUCUUCUUUUACAAGAGAAAUGGUGGCCAUACAACAAAAUCAAAUGAUUUUCAUGGCUAAACACAAAGGUCAGAUCCACUGACCUCAGUGGGAGUUGGAUUCUGUCCCGAAUGUAGGAAUUUUUUUCUGAAAAAGCCCAGCAUUGUCUCCCUCUGUUGCUUGAUCCCAUCACUAGUUCUAGAGGUUGAUUUUUUUUUUUUGCUGUCUGUUUUCCUGUUGCUCAGGCAGUAGUCUAUAGGCAAAAUACCAGCCUUGCACAGGGAUCGGAGGCCUUUAGAAAUGGUUAAACCUAUGGAAGAUGCUUCCUACACAUGGUUUGUCUAACACUAUUGCCGAUGGGUGUGGGUUGAGUUAAAUAAAUACAAGUCUUUAGCACUGGCUGGUAAAAGCCAAUAUGGGGUAGCAUAUUAGAAUAGAAGACCAGAAACUUCUAAAGGAGACAUGCAAGUAACAGUGAUGUACCCAAGAACCAUGUAUUGAAGCCAAGUGUCUUCAGAAAGAAGCCCUGCAGAAACUCCUCUGUAAUAGCUAGAGUUAAGAAGUUACUGAGUUAUCAUUAGCGUAUCUGAAUUGUCUUGAAGAAAGCUUCGAUGGGAUGGAACAACACACAUUCUGAACAUUUGUGGGGUAUUAAAGAUCAGAAAGGUGAGCAGCGCCACAAACUGCUCCUGCUGUAGAGAUCAAGGUGCUUUUCAACCCCACCAGUUUAAAAAAAAACAAACAGCCCUGUUUGAAAUGAACAGAAUUUUAAAAAAACAGAUCUAGUUUCUUUGCUAUGCCUCUUGGAAUGAAGCAUCCAGUCUCACAUAAUGUAUCAGGGUGCUUUAGUUUUUUAUACUAUGAAGCUCUGCAAUACCUCCUUACGUUUUGAGGAGUCGUGGGAAGAAGUGGAGAAAAACAGUAUGUCUUGGGCUUGUCUAAUAGCAUUAAUGUUCUGGUCACUCACAGCAGGGUCAGAGAAGUUUCUCUUCUGAAGUAUGGCAUUCCCUGAGUACCAAGUCUUUAUGUGCCAUUUAGCCAUGAUUCUGAGCUCAGUACCGUGGCUUCCGAAAGUCUGAAAACUGCCUUCGUGCAAAAUUGAAGCAUCGUUCUGAGUGACGUGUCCUCUUUGGCAUUGAAUCUGCAUGUGGGCUGGUGAACUAGCAACAUGUUGGAAAGGAUGAUAGAAGGAGAAUAUAUUUCUGGCAAUGCAUUUUUUUAUUCUCCUCAUGCAUUGUUUUUACUUUACGUGCUGUGACAUGGGUUUAUUUUGGAACACGUAUAGUAAUUGCUUUGACUCCUUCCAGGCAUCGUAUGCAGUCUAGGAGACCUUUGCUGUAGUUCACAACUAUAAAAUCCUCUGAAACUGGAGAAACACCCAGGGGAUGCAGCUAAAGGUUGGAGAUCUGAAUGUCUUGUGCUGAUAAGUAGGAGUCAUUGAGAGACUUUCCUUGCUAGAUCUCGGUGCUCAGACCAGUCCAUAAAGAACUGUGUGAAGAUGCUGAAACUGACCAAAUAUAUUGACAUGUAAAGUUCUUCAUAAUGGAACUUUGUAUGCCCUGUGAAAUACAAUGCAAAACCACUGUAGGAUUAGAGAGGGGAAAAGUAUCCACUAGAGUUUUGGUGGCAGAAUUUUACAGGGGCUGAAGUUUCGGAAGUGCUUUAGCAAAGCAAAGUAUUGCAGCAUUCCAGCCUGGAUGUUUAACAGCGUGUCAACUGUCUAGUUGUUCAGAGACACCAGAUGUCAAAAAUAGAGUAAUAUUCCUUUGGUCAAAAAGGGAUUUAGUUAAGGAACUAGUGUGACCUCAGUGCUGGAUCACAGUGGGGUUAUUUGGAAUAGCUGUGGUAUUGAAAUAUAGAAUGGGCCAGUUCAUCUUUCCAAAACCAGUUCAGCAGGAAAGCAAUCUGGAAUGCAGGACAAAAGCACUAAAAUAGCUUAGAGAUCAGGAGCUGAUGCUGAGCUGAUCAGAGACAGGAACUUGCUGACUGUGUAGAACUCCUCCAAGGAAGGAAUAUAGAUAAUGUGAAUGUGAACAAUGAGGAGGAAACCAGUGCAGUGCUGGACAAAGCUGGAAACCAAGUAAUUGACAGGAAAAGACAGAGCUUAAUGGUGGUAUCCAGUGUGACUGCCAAGAAGAAAAAAAUGCUUUGAUGGGACAAAAGACCCUUAACGUUGUAUGGCCCAUCAAGAACACACAGAGGUGUGGGAAAUCAUUGGAAAGUGGGUCUCGCUGCUUUCCAUGUGCUGGGUUCCCCCACCUCCCCAUUAAGGUGAUCUCAGUCUUGUUGAAAUAUUCAGGAGUUCUGGGGUCUUAUUCCCCAUAAUGAAUCCUGCUUAUUGCUCAGGAGAGCUUUGGAUUUUUCUUCCUUAAGAAAUGGGCAGUUGACACUUCUUUAAAGAGUCCUACCUUGUAUUCAUUGUAGGUGCUCAUUGGUCUCUUUCCCUCCUAAAGAGUUCUACGUUCUGUUGAGGAAUUCUAGGAUUUUUAUGGGAUCUGGGAUCUUUUCCUUGUGUGAAGUCCUGCACAGAUUUCAGGUGCUGUGGACUUUUAUUCACACAAGUGUUUCUAGGUUUUACACGUGGUCUGGGAGGCACAUGCUCUCCAAUAAAGAGUCUUAACUAGUAUUCAGGCAUUUUGGAUUCCCUUUCACGUAAGGAAUCCUACCAAGUUUUCUGAUGUGCUGGAACGUUAUUCCCCACUGAAGAGUUUAAAGUACUCCCUGUGGACAGUCCCUCUAAGGAUCCCUGCUUUUGGAUGCAUGGGUAUUCUCUAGGCCUGUCUGCCCAUCCUGCAAUGCACCAAAGCAUUAGAGAGCCAUUCUGGAGUAAUCUUCCUGGAAAAGGUCUUGCUGUGCGAUAGCAAUUUUGCAUAUCCCUGUGCUGCCCAGAGUUGUGAGCAGUGGGAGUCCAAUUCUUGUUGUCGAUGCUCUGACAGAGAUCCAAAAAUUGAAAACCACAGUUUGGGGAUCAUUGAUAUGGAAUGUGUGUCAUGCAUUAGCGGGGGUGGACAAACAGACAGCUGUAUUGGUAACUUCUGUUAUCAGGCUAGCUGCAAGACGUGUGGUUGAAAUGUCUAUACUGUUCUUCUCAAAUCAAAUGAGAAACACUUAAUUGGCUGCAUUUGCUAGAAACUGUUCUGUUCACUUUUAAAUCAUGGUAUUUAAUGCUUAGCUUGAUAUGCUUGGAUUACAUUAGAUGGAAUAUCUGUUGUAAAACAGUUGACGUUAGACAUAGCAUAAUAAUUUGAUCAAUUGUUUUCAAUGCAAUCUCAAGAUGAUGCAGCUAAAACCUCAUAGGUAGGGUUUUUUCUUUUCCAAUAAUGGUAUAAAAAUAGUAUCUUUUUGUCAUCAGUUUAAAUACUGAUGAUAGAUAUAGUCAUCCAGUGGAUUACUUCUGUCCAUAAGAAAAGUUCUUUUAAACUUAAUUUUCUAGGAAUUCAGUGUGGAAGAAAGGUGACCCAAAAAGCCAGAAGCAUUUUGGGGAGGGAAUGUGCAAAAAUAUAAUGAGUGGAUGGACACACAUACUCAAAAUGCUUGAAUCUCUAGAGCAUUCUUUGUGCAAUUUCUCUGCAUGUGAAAUUUGUUAACAAAAAAAUCUUGUUGCUAAGAAAAAUGUGUCCAAUUAUAACAAGUUUUAUCGAAUGCAUCUUUGAUUAAAAUUGUCUACAGUAGCUAGAAUAGUUCUGUGAGCCAGUUGAUACUUAUUGUGCUCUCGCUUUUAACACUUAUAUGUAGUGCUGCAUCAAUAACACCUACAGUCUGUUUCAUCAAGGAAGCCUGUAGCCAUGUCUUUGGGAGUUCUAUCCUGUUGUUGGGACUAAUGAUGUACAAGUUGCAUAAUGUGAUAAAUCUAAUCUGUCAUGAUCUUUUAUUGCUUCUGCAGCUGAGUGAAAGUUUUGUGAAUUCAAUAAAGUUUGAUUGUUAUGAAAUGAUUUGUUUAGUGAUUUAAACUGCAGAGGCCUUGCUUCCUGUAAAUGCGGAUGAUAUAGUCCACUGAUAAACAGUACUUGGGGUGUCUUAUAA